UGAUCAUCAGUUUCUAUCCGUCAGGAGGUUCUUCAAAGUAGGUCAACUCUAUUGGUUAAUGCUAUGUUUGUAAUUCUGAUUUGUGAGGGACAGUCUCGAGUUUUAACCUUUUCCUACACAGCUGAGCUGUCGAAUCACUUUUCCCGUGCUGACGUGAUUGUUGUGUAUUUAGCAGCACCCUUCUCAUAACGAGCGUCUAAAUUUGGCUAUCAUCACUAACUCUUAAAAUAUAAAUGUUGUUUAGAUUUCAAAUCCCAAUUUUUGUUAUUAAACUAAACCGAAUAUUUCCUACUAGAACAUUUGUUUCCUCUGUGUCACCUCUAAAACUCAGUACUUCAUGGAGCCAUUACCAUUCUCAAAUCAGCCCUACAAAGAUCAGAUCAUCACUAAGAGAUCAGACCCUAAACUCAAAUAUUUCUCAUUCAAAUCGGUUGAUUACGAAAUUAAGUAGAGAAGGAAAAAUUGUUGAAGCUCGUAAGUUGUUUGAUAAAAUGCCUGAUUUAGACGUUGUUACCUGGACUACUAUGAUUACUGGGUAUAUCAAAUGUGGAUGUCUUAAAGAGGCGAGAAUUCUUUUCGACGAUCCGAGUUCGAAAAAAGACGUUUUUACUUGGACUGCGUUGUUAUCUGGGUACGUUCGAUCGCAUCAAAUUGCUGAAGCGGAAAGGCUGUUUGUUGAAACGCCUUGUAAAAAUAUUGUUACUUGGAACACUAUGAUAUCUGGGUAUGCUGCUGUCUGUUUUGUUGAUUCUGCUCUAAAUUUGUUUAAUCAAAUGCCUGAAAGAAAUGUGGUUUCUUGGAACACGAUUAUAACGGCUUUAGCUCACGCUCGAAGAGUAGAUGAAGCGAGGAAGCUUUUUGAUAUAAUGCCAGAGAGAGAUGUGGUUUCUUGGACGGCAAUGGUUACAGGUUUGUCAAAAUGUGGGAGAAUCGAUGAAGCAACGGAACUUUUCGAAAGAAUGCCCAAUAGGAAUGUGAUUUCUUGGAAUGCUAUGGUUACUGGUUAUGCUCAGAAUUUUAGGUUAAAAGAAGCUCUUGAGAUUUUUGAAAAGAUGCCCGAGAGAGAUCUCCCAUCUUGGAAUGCUAUGAUCACCGGGUUUAUUCAGAAUGGAGAUCUAAAACGAGCAAGGAAAUUGUUCAAUGAGAUGCAAGAAAGAAAUGUAGUUACUUGGACAACAAUGAUUGAGGGUUUUGUACAAUCUGAGCAGAGUGAGGAAGCACUCAGAAUUUUCUCAAGAAUGCAGGCUGAUGGAAUUUGGCCUAAUCAAGGUACUUUUCUUAGUGUUUUAAGUGCUUGUAGUAAUUUAGCUGGUCUUAGCGAGGGUAGACAGAUUCAUCAGGUCAUUAGUAAAUCAAAUUUUCAAAACAAUGCAUUUGUGGAAUCUGCACUCAUCAGUAUGUACUCAAAAUGUGGCGAAUUAAGUAUUUCUAGAGAAAUGUUUUGUAGAUCAAAGCAAAAGGACUUGGUCUCUUGGAACUGUAUGAUUGCUGCUUAUUCCCACCAUGGGUGUGGUAAAGAAGCAAUCCAGAUGAUGGAUGAAAUGCGCAACCUAGGAUUCCGACCCAACGAUGUUACCUACGUUGGGAUUCUAACUGCUUGUAGUCAUUCGGGUUUAGUUGAUGAAGGUAUGAAAUUCUUUGACGAAUUGGUAAAAGAUGGUUCGAUUGAUUUGAAAGAAGAUCAUUAUGCAUGUUUAGUUGAUCUCUGUGGAAGAUCAGGGAAGUUGGAGGAGGCAUUUGAGUUCAUCGAAGGACUUGGAGCUAGGACAUCGAAAUGUGUUUGGAAUGCUCUUCUUGCUGGUUGUAGUUAUUAUGGGAACAUAAAAAUAGGGGAAUUUGUAGCAAAACGGCUUUCAGAGUUGGAACAUGAUAAUGCAGGAACUCAUCUGUUGUUGUCAAAUAUAUAUGCAGCGAAUGGGAACUGGAAAGACGCUGCAGAAGUUAGGUUAAAGAUGAAGGAUAGUGGAUUGAAAAAACAACCUGGUUGUAGUUGGAUUGAAGUUGGAAACAUGGUUAAUGUGUUUGUCGUUCGUGAUAAAUCUCAUGCCGAAACAGAGUGGAUUUACUGUUUGUUACAUGAUCUUUACGCAAACAUGAAGGGAGAAGGUUAAUCAACAAUUGCUGGUGUUUAUAGCAAAGUUUGGGCAUCC